AUGAAUCAUCAUGUAGGGGUGAACGUGGGUAGCUUUGUAUCUGUGACUGUUGGUAAUGUUUAUUCAUUAAAUUUGAUGCUUAACAGUGGAGAAAAGAUGAAAUCUUGGAUUGAUUAUGAUACUAGUUCGAAAAGAUUAGAGAUAAGGUUUAGUAAGUUAGGAGAACCAAGGCCUUAUUGUCCAAUUGCUGCAUAUGGCAUAGAUUUGUUGGCAAUGUGGAAAGAUAAGGAUUUGUAUGCAGGUAUAAGCUCGUCGAAUUCGAGUGGCAAUUCCUCGCAAAUUAGUAGUGUGAAUUCUUGGAGGUUUAGGCUGAGAAAGGCUCUGAGGAUGUCACUUCCGGUGAAUCCGAGGGAAUAUUUGGAUGAUCAGCAUGGUCAAGAUUCAAUGUUGCAUAAGCGGAUGGCUUGUCUAUUGUCAAUUCUUGUUGGAUGUGUUGAAAAAUAA